UAUGUCAAUUGUCAUUUAAAUUUGACGAAAUUUGACAUCUUUGUCUUUUGUGGCUUGGUCUGCAUUAUUACUGAUUUAAAAAAUUCAAAUAUGACUUACAAUUGAAAAAUUUGUUUCAAUUUUGUCUUUUCUUUUUGAUUUUCUAUAAGUGAAUUAAUCUUGUAUUUACUCGACCUAAAAUGUCGUUAUUUCGCAAGCCUAAAAGAAUUCAAAGACGCGUGUUUUGUGCUGACGACGAUGAAGAUGGUGAACCGGAGGCGCCGCCACCGCCAGUGAUUAGUAACAAAAAAGAAAACAAACCUGUAAAAACUCCGUCAUUGUUAAGUUUCGUCGACGAAGAGGAAGAUGGUGAAGUUUUUAAGGUAAAGAAGUCGUCACAAAGUAAGAGGUUGUCAAAACGCAGGGAAAAGGAGAAACGGGUACAUCCUGAGGGUGAUAAUAACAAAGUUGACAAUAAUGUGACUGAGGAAAAGGAAAUGGCACCAGACUUAAAGGAAGUCCCAAAGAGAAAGAAGAAGGUGACCCUCGAAGGGUUGAUACUCUCUGGUCGGGAAGCGCUAGCGGCUGACGGUGCGGGGGACAUAUCAGAAGAGAGUGCGAACGAAGAUGAGGAUAGUAGGGGAUUUCAUCAGUUCCGAGCCGAGUCCGUGCGCGCGGCGCUCGCGGUUGCCCCGGGACACAUACCGGACGCGGCGCUCAUCCACGCUGCGAGAAAAACGCGACAGCAGGCUCGAGAGCUUGGUGACUAUGUUCCAAUAAAGUCGGAAGGACGCGGGCCUCGGCUGAUACAUGAAGACGAUGAUGAUGAGGAUGAGGAAGACGGCAGGAUUCAGGUCAGGGGGCUGGAGCUGCCAAGCGAUAAGCCUAAACGCGGUACAGCAGCCAUCCCCGAUGAUGAGAUGAACAGCGAGGGUGAGGAGUGGGAGGAGCAGCAGAUGCAGAAGGCUGUUCCAUCAAUUGCGGAUAUAACUGGCGAAGGCUCCACAGAGCUGAACCCGUUCGCGGUGGCGCCUCCGCCCCCGCGGUUGGAGGCGCCUCAUCUGCGUCCACUCACUGAUGGGCCUCCGCCCGCCACUGCGCAAGAACUGGUGGAUGCUUUGAAUAAGAGACUAAACGAGCUCCGAACAGAGCGGCAGGCGACACUAAAAAAGCGUGAUGAAUGUAACGAGAAACUUCUAGAAGCGGCCAGAACACAAGAGUUGAGGACGGCUAAAUGCAAAGAAUUAGAUGCUGCUUAUAAAAGAGCGCAGGCUGUUAGAGGAUAUAUCACCGAUUUGAUCGAGUGCUUGGAUGAAAAGAUGCCGCAGCUAGAAGCGCUAGAAACUCGAGCGCUGCUACUGCACAAGCGUCGCUGCGAAUUCCUCGUCGAGAGACGAAGGGCAGAUGUUAGAGAUCAGGCGCAAGAUGUUUUGGCGUUGGCAGCGCGUCCGGGCGCCGCGAAGCCGGCGGACAGCGAGGAGAAGCGGCGGCGCUGCGCCGAGCGCGAGGGGCGGCGGCGCGCGCGGCGGCUGCGGCGCGAGGCGGCCGGCACCGCGCACCUGCACCGCGACGGGGACUCCAGCGACGACGACCUGCCGCCCGCCGACCUGCCGACCCGCCGCCAGGAGAUCGAAACGAUCCGCGAGCUGUCCGCGUCCCUGUUCGCGGACGCGCUGCCCGCGUGGCGCAGCGUGCGCGGCGUGUGCCGCUCGCUGGCCCGCUGGCGCCGCAAGCAUCCCGCGCUCUAUGGGGACGCGUACAUCGCCGACUGCCUGCCGAGGCUCCUAGCGCCUUAUGUGAGGCAUCAGCUGAUACUCUGGAACCCUUUGGCUGAUGAAGACAAUGAGGACUAUGAAAGGAUGGACUGGUACAAAUGCCUCAUGAUGUACGGCGUCCGCUCUGAGAAGAACGAAGAGGACUCAGAGGAGUCCUCCUCAGAGGAAGAGAGUGAGAUAGUUGUGAGUGAGGAUACAGUAAGGGAAGAUGUGGACCUGAUGCUGGUGCCAACUAUUGUUGAUAAGGUCCUGCUGCCCAAGGUCACAGAGCUAGUAGAGGUAGCGUGGGACCCGAUGUCCGUCCGCGCGUGUAUCCGUCUCCGCAACAUACUACUGCGCGCCGCGGAGUUACCCGUACAGACUUCGCUGAAGAAGCUCUCGGAGGCUGUGUCUUCGAGACUAUCUAGUGCCUUGAGCAAUGAUGUUUUCCUGCCCACUUUGCCGCCGCACGUGCUGGAGGGCGGCGGCAACCAGUUCUGGCGGCGCUGCGUGGGCGCGGGCGUGCGGCUGCUGCGGGCGGCGCUGUGCCUGUGCGCGCCGCCGCACCCGCUCGCUGGCCACCGCGCCGCUACAGCACUCAUCGAAACUCUCUGCUGCGGCGCGGGCGCAGGCGGUGGGCCCCAACUGAGCAGUGUGGCGGCUGCGCUUGCGCACACGUUGCCGCGCUCGGGGGAGCUGCGUGUGCGUGCGUUGAAACGACUCGCACAGUUGGCCAGAUUGGCACUGUCAAGGCUACAGGCGGAUAAUCCGCUGCAUUUGAAAGCAUUGGAACAAGCCAGAGCCGUGUUAGCGGAAGCAAAGGCGGUAGAAUGACAACGGUCGCAGAAAUAAUUCACGAGUAUAUCAAUAUACUCUCUCCAUAACUGAUUAUUAGGAAGAUUUAUAAAAAAAAACAUAGAAUGCACAUUAUUAUUGGCUGAUUAGUAAUAUCCUGUUAUUGCAAUAAUAAUUAUACACUUUAAAAUUUAAUAUAAAAAUUAAUUAACAUUCAUAGCCGGGAUGCAGGUUUUUGAUUAAAGAAAUAGAUGCGACGCGCAUUAUUGCCAAAAACCAUUAAAUUUGAAAGAAUAUCCUACUUUAUUAGGGCAAUUUAUCGAUUCUUGAAAAUAUAGUUGUUAUUUUUGCAUACUAUUUAAUGGAAUGCAAUGAUAUGUGUAGAAAGGAAAGUAUUGACUUCAUUUGUCUCUUUUUCACUCACGAUAAUUGAAUCAUGCCAUCUCACUUGGCCGGUUUGUGCGUUAGUGUGCCGUUUGGCGUUUUUGAAGAUCGAAUGUUGGGUUGGUAACACUUACCUACACCUUAUUACAAAUUAUAACAUCAUUGAUGGCAUCUGUAUUCUUUUAAUUGUAUAAUUUAUUUUUGUAUUGUGUCUUUUCUUACAUUAAAAAAUAUGUAAUUAUUAAACACCAAUAUAAGAAAAUAUAUUUUUCAUGGCGACAAUUGUUUCAAGAAUUGUGAUAUUUCCAGCAACAUUUCGAUUUGUAUAUGUUGUAAUGUAAUGCGAAUGAUGUAAGAAAUAAAUGAUGGGUUUUUAAA